AUGUGGUAUGUGUUUUUACCAGCAGGUGCUCUGCUAGUACUUUUCCUUUGGUGGGACACAAUUCGUCCCACUGGAUUUCCUCCAGGUCCGCCGUGGCUCCCGCUGAUCGGAAAUGUGUUUCUGACCCAAAAGCUAAAACGAAAAUACGAUGGUCAGCAUGGUGUGUUUGAGUAUCUGUCACGGAAGUACAACACCAAACUGAUCGGCAUGCGGUUGGGAAGUGAAAUUGUGGUUGCAGUUCGCGGUUAUCCGUUAGUGAAGGAAGCACUUACCAGAGAUGAAUUUUGCGGACGGCCAGACAACUUUUUCUCCCGUAUGCGAACAUUCGGUAAGAGGUUAAUGGGAGUCACGUUCACUGAUGGUGAGCACUGGGAAGAGCAUCGUAGUUUUACUGUGCGAACUUUGAGAGAGUUAGGAUUUGGUCGCAAUACGAUGAACGAACUGAUCAAUAAUGAACUAGCAGAAAUAAUUCAAACACUUGAAAGGACGAAUGGCUCUAUAGCACCCGUUCAGUUAUUGUCAUUUAGCGUCCUAAAUGUCAUCUGGGCUUUAGCAACAGGUAAACGGAUCGAGCAGGAGAACAAUACGUUGAAGGAUUUAUUUGAAAUACUAAGGAAACGUUCUACAUUAUUUGACAUAUCUGGAGGCCUGCUGAACCAAAUACCUUGGAUACGAUUCCUAGCACCAGAAUGGACAGGAUAUAGUUUGCUCUUGAAGCUUAACCAACGGCUAGCUAGUUUUUUCACUCAAGCAUUGAACGAUCAUUUUACUAACUAUGAUGACCUGAAAUCAAGUGAUGAUUUUAUCUAUGCGUUCAUAAGAGAAAUGAAUAAGCGUAGUCAUGAUCCUAACACCACUUUCACCGAAACCCAAUUGGUAGUUACUCUGUUGGACUUAUUUAUAGCAGCAAAUAUCACGACUGUGAUAAUUAAUUUGAUUUUUAUGAUGAUGAUUCUUCGCCCGGAAAUACAAGCCAAUGUUCAUCGUGAAAUCGAUGCGUUUAAGGAUUCAAUUCGAUGGAAAGAUCGGCACAAUUUUUCGUACGUGGAGGCAGUAAUAUUCGAAGUUCAACGAUUUUUCUACGUUGCAGCGAUCAGUGGUCCUAGGCGUGCAAUGCAAGACUGUGAGCUGGGUGGUUACAAAAUUCCGCAGAAUGCAACAGUUCUCAUUGAUUUAAAAAGUGUUCACAUGGAUGAAGAAUAUUGGAUUGACCCGGGAACGUUUCGCCCGGAAAGAUUUCUCGACCAAAAUGGUCAGCUUGUAAAUACAGAACGACUCAUACCGUUUAGUUUGGGUAAACGCAAAUGUCUUGGAGAUGGACUUGCGAGAGCUUGUAUUUUUGUAUAUUUCUGCGGUAUUAUGCAGCGCUACGAAAUAACAACUCCAGAAGGGGAGGAACCACCUUCAGUGCAACUAAUUCCUGGCAUAACGUAUCUUCCAAAACCGUACAAAGCCAUUUUUAAACUUAGGGGAAUGAAACAGUCGAAUCCAAUUUCUUAA